AUGGCUGCAGGCGCCUCUGGGUGGGGCUCUUCCCCCUCAGGGCCUGCCGAGCCUGACUCGGUGAACGCGGCGACCAGCGCCAAGCCUGCGUCCAACAGCUGCGGCGGCGACCCGAAGCUGUUCCGGGGCGUGCGGCAGCGGCACGAGGGCCGGUGGGUGGCAGAGAUUCGAUACCCCAAAAAACGCUCCCGCGUGUGGCUUGGAACCUUCAACACCCCGGAAGAAGCGGCUAGAGCGUACGACCGAGCCGCUGUGAAGCUACGAGGGCCCAAGGCACGGACCAACUUCCCCCACCCGGCCCUGGCGGAAUGGCAGCCAUUGCCUGGGUAUGUUGGGGUGGAGAAGGCGAUUACUGAGGCGAGAGAGAGGGGUGGGGGGGAUGUGGGUGCGGCAGGGGUGGCUGGGCGGGUUCAGGGGUCAGGGUUUAACGCUGCUGGGAGCUCUGCAGGCGGCCAGGGGAGGCAGGUUCAGGUGGUGGUGUCGGGGGGGGAUAGUGGUGCGGGAGGGGGGUUGGUGGGUGGUGGGGUGGCAGGGGGGAUUGCCGGGGGACAGUCAGGGGUAGGUGCGGGUGUGGGGGGUGGUGGGUCGUUCGGUGGGUUAUUGGAAGGGCCGGGAGGAGGCGGUAGCGGUGAUGGUGGUAUAGUUGGUGGCGGUGUUGGUGGUGGUAUUGGUGGGGGGGUGAGGGGGCAUGUGGGUGGGCUAGAUGUCAGCACUUUGCAGCAGCUGCAGUCGCUUGGGAUUCCUCCUGCUGUUGUGGGUGCUUUGCAGCAGCAACACCAGUUGCAGCAGCAGCAGCAGUUACAGCAGCAGCAGCAUCAGCAACAGCAGCAGCAGUUACAGCAGCAGCAGCAUCAGCAACAGCAGCAGCAGUUACAGCAGCAGCAGCAUCAGCAACAGCAGCAGCAGUUACAGCAGCAGCAGCAUCAGCAACAGCAGCAGCAGCAGCAGCAGCAGCAGCUGCAGCAGCAGAUUAUGGGCGGGGCGGGUGGUGGUGGGGCGGGCAGUGAUGUGUCGGAGCGGAUUCUCCUGCUGUCGCUGCAGCGGCAGCUCGAAGCCCAGCAGCGCCAGCAGAUGCUGCAGGCCCUAGCGCAGGCGCAGGGGCAGGUGGGGCAGGGGGCCCAGGGAGGGGGCUUGGGGCAGGGCCAGGGGGAGAGCUUGGGGCAGGCGGGAGGCGGGGGGCAGGGGCACGGGGGAGGAAUGGGGCAAGGAGGCAUAGGGCAGAGGGAAUUGGGGCAGCAGCAAAUGUUUGGGCAGCAGCAAGGACUCGGACAGGAGAUUUCCGGGCAUGCUAAGAUGCAACUGCAGGGUUUCGGGCAGGCAAGUUCUAUUCUACAGGGGCUUGUACAGGGGCAAGGGCAGGGGCAGGUGCAGGUGCAAGGGCAGGGGCAUGGGCAAGGGCAGAGAGUAGGGCAGUUGGAGAAUCAGGGGAAGAGAGCUAGAAGGGGGGAUUCGAACGGAUCUGAAGAGUCGUCAACCGGAGUCAGUGGUUCUGGCAGUGCUGCUAAGGGCGCUGCUGCUGGUACUAGUAGUGUUGGUGGCGGUGGUGCUGGCGGUGGUGGUGGCGGCGGCGGUGGUGGUGGUGGUGCAGCUAGUGUGGGGAAUGUAGCAGCUGCAGCAGCAGGGUUAUCCACUGGAGCGUGGUCUGGUGGAGGGCUUUCUGGGGGAGGUGGCAACUGGCAAGGUGGAGUUGUGUCUGCAGCAGGCGAGACCAGAAAAAACGGCCCGUUCAUCCAUUCACCCACCCUCAUCGCUAGCGUUCGUCGUACGUCCCUCUUCCGCUCCCUUCCUUAA